GGAACAUGGCAUGGCAUGUCAUCAUGUGUUCAGCAUUCCAGAAUCAAACACUCCGACGAGCAAUAUAAGGUCCGUUCUCCAAACCAAGAUCACCUGUUUCAGGAACUAACACAGCAAAGAUGGCGUCUGGAUUUCAGUUGGUGUUCCUCCUCGGCUCCAUCGUCAGCCUCUUCACUGUUAAAGCUGCGCCUGCUCUAGGUGACAGCCACGAGGACGCAGCUCCUGUCUGUUCUCCUCCUUGUCCUCCUGGUUGGACACAGUUUGGCUCUCGCUGCUUCAUUUUCCACUACCAGGCCAGGACUUGGUCCGAUGCAGAGAAAUUCUGCAUUGCUAUUGGAGGAAAUCUGGCCUCUAUCCACAGCUCUGAUGAAAACACCUUCAUCAGUGAAAUGAUUAAGAGAGAGACCGGCAGUACUCGCGACACCUGGAUCGGAGGCUAUGAUGCAGUCACUGAGAAAACAUGGCUGUGGAGCGAUGGGUCAUCAUUUCAGUUUGUGAAAUGGUAUAACAACCAGCCAGACAACUACAGAGGAACUCAACACUGUUUGGAAAUCAACUAUGGAGGAGACUACUGGAAUGACAUGCCGUGCACCUCAAGCAUGCCUUUUGUUUGUUCCAAGAACGUCUGAUGACCCUCUGCAACCAGGAGCAUCUCAGGCUUCUUCUGUUUUACAGCUCAAGUCAAAUCCAACUCUUUCCGGGCCACACAGAGUACCUGCAUGCUUUUAAUUUGUUACUUCUGUCCAUGAAAUUAACGCAACUCUAUUCUUUUUUUGCCUUUAUAGUCAUUUGAAGUUCUUGAAAUAUAAAAUCUAUUAUUUGGAUCUUAUUUUAUGUUGGACAGAUUAUUAUUUUAUGGCUUGUAAAAGCUAAUUAUAAAAUUUUAAUAAAACUGCAAU